AUGGACUUAGUUUUAGGCAGCUCUCAUGGAGCACAUGCUGACUCUAUGUUCAUCGCUACGGCAAACUCAGUUCGCAGAUGGGAUCUGCGUCGUGGUUGCUCAGUUGGCAAGCUUCACGGUAACCACCAGGCGCCUGUGAUGGUGCUAGCUGCGGGAUUACAGCAGCUGACGGAUGAAGAAUCCACAGAUCACGAUGAUGCCAACUGUCUGACAGUUGUCACUGGUUCGAAGGAUCAUUAUAUCAAAGUGUUUCGCGUUCCUCCAGACGCAUCGGGUCUCCUUACACCAAGUAUCGAGUUGGAACCUCCUCAUUAUGAUGGUAUUUCUGCUCUGGCUUUGCACCCACAAGGCCUUCUUUUUUCCGCUUCAAGAGAUGGGGCUAUUAAGAAGUGGCGCCUCUGCCCUGCUCAAGGCAGACAAGAACUCAUUACUUCACAGGCGCACAAGGACUGGAUAUUGGGAAUGUCUCUUACUACAGACGGCUCAAUUUUGGUUAGUGGUUGUCGAGGUGGUACUCUGAAGUUAUGGCGGGUCGAAGAUUGUGCUUUUCUUGGUGAGGUGCAGACUGCGCAUGAUGGUGCCAUCAAUGCUAUCCGCAUUCAAAAGGAUCGUAUCUUUACUGCAUCUAGGCAAGUUGUGUAUUAUCUGUAUAUCUGCUCAUUCUUUUUCAGGUAUUGCAAAUAA